AUGCUUUCGAUCGUCCGCGCUUUGCUCCUGAUGACGGUGGCCAUCACCGCGACGCCGUGCACGUCGACGCAGAAAGACCAAAUGCUAGCGACGAUCACCAACGAUGCGCAGUGGGCGGCUUGCCAAAAGGCGACGGCGCCGUACGAUUUCUACAAAUCGCUCACGCAGGUGAGUCCAGCGCCGACAUCGGCGCAGAUGCAGCUCUUUGCUUCCACGCCGGCUUGUGCGGCUGUCUACGCAGACUUUCAAGCGUCGCUCAAGGCUGCCAACUGCGACGAAAUCAAGGCAAUGAUCGGCCUCGAGUAUGCUCCGUUCGUGCAACUGACGUCGCCACCGACAGACGCGACUGUCGCUCCGGCACCCGCGACUCCAAUGUCGAAAGCUACAGCGAUGCCAGGUGCUCCGAUGACAGUGCCGGCGCCAACGAUGGCCACGUCGGCAGCGCCAACGGCAGCGUUGACGGUAGCGGCAACGGUUGUUGGUUUUGCGCUCUGCCUUUGA